AUGUCUACGAACGAUCGGACUGUGAUAAAGAGACUUGGAGGCGAUGACGCCUCUGAAAUAAUUGAAACAGACAGCCUUUGUUUCAACUGUCAUGGAACGGGCGUCACGCGUCUUCUGCUUACCCGAAUUCCCAACUUCCGGGAGGUUAUUAUUGCCUCCUUUUCCUGUCCUCACUGUGGCUUUGAAAACCGGACCAUUGAUCCCGCAGGCACCGUGCAAGACAGGGGCAAACUGUUUGUGCUCGAUGUACGCUCCCGUCGGGACCUUAAUCGGCGCAUUGUCCAGCCCAGUCAUUCCGAAAUUCGCAUUCCCUCACUUGAAUCCUCCUUCCCUACCAGUGAAGGCUGUGUGACAACUAUCGAAGGCGCCAUGACAAGCAUCAUCAGCAACUUAAACGCAUUGCAACCAGAACGUAAGAAGGCGGAUCCGAAACAGGCAGAACUCAUUGACAAGUUCAUUGAAAAAAUGAAGAAACUGCUGACACUGGAAGAACACUUUGUUUUG